CACUCAAUCAAUUCCGUACCUUCCGUUGGAACUUGACUUCUAACGCUGCUAGGCCUAACCCUCAGGGCUCCUACAAAUAUGGUUCCAUUAACAUUACCCGCACCAUCAAGCUUGCCAACACUGCACAAAGAGUAGAUGGCAAGCUCCGAUAUGCUCUUAAUGGAGCCUCAUAUGUCGAACCAACCACUCCACUAAAACUUGCAGAAUACUACGGCGUAGCCGACAAGGUUUUCAAGUAUGAUACCAUUCCCGAUGAGCCACCGAGUGACAACACUAAGGUAACUUUGGCACCUAUUGUCCUCAACAUGACACACAGAAACUUUGUGGAAAUCAUCUUCGAGAAUCACGAGACCGCCAUUCAGUCUUACCACUUGUCUGGCUACUCAUUCUUUGCCGUGGGCAUGGACAUUGGGAAAUGGAGCCCUGAGAAGAGGAUGAACUACAAUCUUCUCGACGCCGUGAGCAGACACACCAUACAGGUAUUCCCCAACUCCUGGUCAGCAAUCCUAUUGACAUUCGACAACUGCGGGAUGUGGAACCUGAGGUCGGAGAUAUGGGACAGGCAUUACCUUGGGCAACAGCUUUAUGCUAGUGUUAUUUCCCCUAACCGAUCCCUGAAGGAUGAGUACAACUUGCCGGAAGGUGUAUUGACUUGCGGCAUCGUGCAAGGCAUGCCAAGGCCUCCACCUUUCAGCAGUUAAUUUAAAUAAGCUUAUAAAUCUGUAUCCAAUUCUGGUGUAUGGGGAGAGAGAGGGUGAGAAAAGCUUGAGUUCUGUACAAUAUGUAAUGAAAUAAAAGCUUUUGGACCACUUUAUUGUUACUAA